AUACUAUUAGACAUACCGGUAUAUAUUAUUGUUCUUAGUCAUCGCACAAGACUCUUGUCAACAAGACCAACAACAGGAUGAGGACUGCCGUGCAUGCUGCGCUUUGCAUUGUGCUUGUGAUAAUGUCUUCAACACUGUCAUCUUGCGAGGACGAUGAGAAGGUAUCUAUCGCAUGUGACACAGGAUGCAAUGCCGCGAUCUCCCGUCUCAAAUGCUUCCUGAUGGCCUAUUCUGAAGGGAAAGUGUUGGUCAGCAGCAACUGCGAAACGCCGACCAGGUGCGGCUGCGUGUUUCGUCACAAACAAGAUGCAACCCUUAUCGCCGGCGACGUUGGCAACAAAAAGGGAUAUUGAUGGCAGACGUGUAUUUCUUGGUUGAAUAAUAUAUACUGCUAGAAUUAAUAUGGGCACCAACAACGAAAUAUCUAUAAUGUUAUUCUUCAGUGUAAUGCUUCCAGCAUGUUCUGUUUUAGUAUAACUAAAUAUCUAUCUUUCCCCCCCAAUUUAAGUUU